AUGGAUGUUGUAUGGUUGUAUGGCCUGCAGUUUUCCCGAAUUGGCGGUGCUGCUUUGGGCUGUCCGUUUUGGCUGCACCUUGCAGAGAAGCUGUUCUCGCUCUUCUGGUGCGUGAAGUCCAGCGAUGUGGGUCUUUGUGAUCAAACUUUGGUCGCAGGGUAUCUGGCGGAACACCUGCCAGCCAUUCACUACUUCGAGGAUCUGCCGCGGUCACGUGCCACGUUCAUGUCCACCGAGUUCAACUUGAUGGUUUCGUACCGAGCCAAGGACCGCUGCGAGGACGCCGCCGGGCAGCGAGAGGUGCAGAAGGCACGCUUGGUCCAUUUCGCCAAUCAUUGGCUGAACUUCCAGGCACUGAUCGAGAACCGCGAAGCUGCUGGAAGAGUGGAUAGCCCGCGAUGUUACAAAGGGGCUUUUCACUAUUGGCACGAUCUUUACCACCACGCCAUGCAGCUGAUUGAGUCCAAGUCACAAGCUGCAGACCCUCCGCUCUACCACCAGCCGCCGCGCGAUCUGGCGUCGGGUCUCGCGACACCAGAAGAGGUCAAAGAGAUCUUUCUGAAUUUUCAAGAGAUCAAGGAGAACUUCUCAGGC